GCCGGCAGGUGCGGUGCGUCGCGCGUCGCGUCGCGCUGUGGCCGCUCGUGAGAAGGAAGCGGCGGCGAGAGAGAGAGAGAGACGGGAGGAGCGGCGGCCAGAGAGACACGGGGAGGGCAGCGAGCCGCACUGCGCCACCCACCGGCAACCGGCAUAUAACCUGUCUAGAUUCAUACAUGAAUAGCCAUUUGGUUAAGGUAUCAAAGGAUGUCUCGUCACCAUGAAACCAAAACGCUAGCUUGAGUCAGGAGCAGAAGGGGGAGGAGAAUAAGCUAAAUCGACCUAGAAUAGUGGAACAGAUAUAUUUACUUAGCAACAAUGCCAUUCCCAUUUGGCAAGUCUCAUAAGUCUCCAGCAGACAUUGUGAAAAAUCUGAAGGAGAGCAUGUCGGUUUUAGAAAAACAAGACAUCUCUGACAAAAAAGCAGAAAAGGCAACAGAAGAGGUGUCAAAGAACCUGGUCGCUAUGAAGGAGAUCUUGUACGGCACAAAUGAGAAAGAACCUCAGACUGAAGCAGUGGCACAGCUGGCUCAAGAGCUCUACAACAGUGGCCUCCUCAGCACUCUAAUAGCAGACUUACAGCUCAUUGACUUUGAGGGCAAAAAAGAUGUGGCUCAGAUAUUUAACAACAUUCUUAGACGGCAGAUUGGAACUCGAACCCCAACAGUAGAAUAUAUCUGCACUCAGCAAAAUAUAUUAUUCAUGUUGCUGAAAGGGUAUGAGUCGCCAGAAAUUGCUCUUAAUUGUGGUAUCAUGCUGCGGGAAUGUAUCCGGCAUGAACCAUUAGCGAAAGUUAUUUUGUGGUCUGAGCAGUUUUAUGAAUUCUUCAGAUACGUGGAAAUGUCAACAUUUGACAUCGCUUCCGAUGCAUUUGCCACAUUCAAGGAUUUGCUUACACGACACAAAUUACUGAGUGCCGAAUUUUUGGAACAGUAUUAUGACCGAUUCUUCAGUGAAUACGAAAAGUUACUUCAUUCAGAGAACUAUGUGACAAAAAGACAGUCAUUAAAGUUACUGGGAGAGCUUCUACUGGACAGACACAAUUUCACCAUUAUGACCAAAUAUAUCAGUAAACCAGAGAACUUGAAGUUGAUGAUGAAUCUUCUGCGGGACAAAAGCCGGAACAUUCAGUUUGAGGCCUUCCAUGUAUUUAAGGUAUUUGUGGCCAACCCCAACAAGACACAGCCUAUUCUGGAUAUCUUGCUGAAAAACCAGACCAAACUUAUAGAGUUUCUCAGCAAGUUCCAGAAUGACAGGACCGAGGAUGAACAGUUCAAUGAUGAGAAGACAUAUUUGGUCAAACAAAUCAGAGAUCUAAAGAGACCUGCACCCCAGGAAUCGUAAAGCUACAUUAUAAAACAGAACAGAAAUUACGCGACUGCUGUCUACUGAACAUCAAGCACCCUUAUUCAAUUCUUAUGGAAUAUUACUGCUAAUCUGCUGUCCAGUGAACAGUUUAAUUUGUUUCUUUUAUGUUUGAAGUCAAAGAUGAAAUUUAGCUGCUGCUUUCCUGCACAUUAGAGCACAACAUGGACUUUCUUGAAGGUUUUUUUUUGUCAUUUGAAACAAUGCAAACGCACUGUCUUAUGGUUAAGCAUAGGUAAAGGGGAUCUUUGGUUUAUGUGUAAGCAGGCAUUUAGAAAUUAGAAUGGAUUUAUAAGGAAAGGAUAACAGAAGUAAAACUGAGGUUGCAUGCCUGGGAUCUGGUUUUUGAUCAGUUUAUUUGCAACCUGUGUUGUGAGUAGGGCACAGAUUUGAUCUGUGCUGAAAUCUAGACAUACACCAUAGUCAUAAGGAUUAAAGUGCUGGAUCUGUAUGCCUUUGAUUUUUCUUUCUUAUGAAUGUGUGGUGCUUUAUUUGUGAUUAAUUUAGAUAGGCACAUUUAACUAUGGUGUACGUUUUCUGAAAUCAUUAAUAGCAUUUGCUCACAAAUGGUUUAUGGUGGAGCGCAAGCCUAUUGACAAAAGAAAGGUACUCAAUAAAAUUCUCUUCGCAGUGCAAAGGUUAUGUGCAACUGGUGUGGGGAAAUCCAGCUUGUAAUAGGUUUUCCAAUCACCUUAGCAAUGAUUUUUGCCUAGUGUUUUGUGGACAGGGUUCCUAGCAACUCCUGCGUACCAAAGUGUGGCACGUUUUUAACAGGUAAACCUGUCCACAAUCCAGGCUGAAAGCAAAACAUUGCCACUCAGGUGAUGAAAAAUGCAAUGUCUGAUAUCUUGGCUGAACAGCAUUCCGAAUGCUGGGCAAAGGAUUGUAUGUGAGCAAAAGGUUUUUUUUUAGUAUGGGGUUGUUCCCCCUUAAUGUAUUAAGUAACUUUCAGAAGAAUCUGUUGGAAAAGGGUGGUUCUUAUGAAAAAUGUACAUACGCCUUUCAUUGGUUUAUAGAUUUUUGCAGGCGAUUGAUUUACAGUAUAUACAUUCAAACCUGUUUAGAUAUGUUUUUGUUUAAACUUAUUCUCUGUCAUUUGAGUUCACAAUGAAACUCUGCACUUCAGUAAAAGCAUUUGCUGUUCCUUGUACAUAACCUUUAGGCCACUCUGUUCUAAAAAUAUGGUUGAAUUGUACAGCGGAGGAAUGUUACUGUAUUAGUCUAACUAUUUACCUAAUAUUGAGUUUUGCAAGCAAAUGCUGGUAUGUAAUUUGAAUAUUUCUGCUGAUCACAUGAAAUUGCUGAUUAACAUUUACAGUAGAACAGCAUUCAUAAGCCAAUUCUGUAUUUAAGCUGUUAGUUACUGGGCUGCCAUGAUCAGGACAGUAUGAACUGGAACCCCCAAAACUGGAUUUAUGUUCACUAGUAGUGAGCCCUACACAUUCAGUUACUAGAGUUUUUUUUAAAUAAUAAGCCUGCAGAAAGGUUCUUUGUUCAUACGUAUCCUUAAUAUAUCAAACCAGGUUGAAGUUUAAUGAAUUUACUAUUUCUGUUCAAUCUGAUUGACAACGUUCAGAUUUUGCCUCAAAAUUCACUUAUAAAGAACGGAUACGUUUUUAGGUCCAGUACAACAGUUUUAUACAUUGUGAAAAUCUUAAGAGUACAUUUGGAAGAAAUUAGUGUAAUUUUCAAAAGCAUUCUUUAUGAUAAAGCUGCAGUAUUUUUUAAUGGGGUGUUGCAUUAAAAUAUAUUAUGAAUGUUGCACACUUACCAACCUAAAUGUCAAAGUGACCGCACAUCCUUUUGUAAUCUAAAAAUAGUUAUAAAUUCAUUUAGCUAGUUUACACUUCAUUAUAAUCAUCAUAAUGACCCAUCUUUUUAUACUACUGAAAGUUCCAGGAAUAUUGCAUUGGAAUUCACUGAUGUAAACUUAAAAUGUGUGAUUAAAAUUUUAUGCUGUGGUUAAAUUCCUGUGAAGUGACUGGUAGAUGCAGAUUACUCAAGGUUAGCCAUUUAACCAUACCAAAAAAAAUGUAAGAGAAAGACUACUGCAACAAAAUGAAAGUAACACUGUCCAUUUUUACUACUCCUUUCUGGGAUAGAAUGACAAACCUAGCCCUUGGCUGAAACUUACCUCCGCUAUAUUGCCUGCCAUUUUAUGCAUGCCAACUUAAAUAUGCAUUCACUCUUAACAUAAUUGCACAAAUAUACAGGUUUGGCCAUCUCAAUUCUCAAAUGAAGCAUUAAGGCUACAUGUAUAAUCCUCAUUGCAUCUGGAAAUACUCUGUUUUCCUUCCUUUCACUGGAAAUGCUCGGUGGAGUUACUUUCCUAAAAGUUAUGUACCUCCUGAUAGCUGCUUUGAGCAACUCCCACAAAGCUUUUAGUUCUGCACUGGCUGAUUUGCAAGACUGUCAUGGUACUGAGAAUUGGAAUCCAUGCAUUAUUGAAUAAUAACUUAUAUAAUCCAUAUUAUAAUUGGGUUGAAAAUCAAAGCAUGAGGUCACUUUAGGAAGAUGCCAAAUAUAUUAGCAUUAUUUAAGAUGUAGCAUGUAAGUAUGGCUAGAGCAUUUGUAAGCUGUUAUUUGUAAGCCAUAUAUGAUACUGUAAUUAUAGGUUGUAUGGAACUGUUGUACUGGAACCUUAAAAUCUUAGUAAAAACAUAAUCUCCAAAGACGUUUCUGCAGGAUUUGAGCACAGUUUUUUUGAACAAUUAGGCCUGCUUUACAGUAAUCAAACUUGCUAAAUACUUGUCAUGUCUGAUUAGAAAAGUGCAUUUAACGUCAGAAUAUCUGACUGGCCCCAAGGAUACAAAUAAAUUUUGAUUAAACAUU